AUGUCCUUACAGCCUUUAACUGCGGUGAAUUGUGGCAGCCUUGUGCAACCAGGUUUCUCCUUACUAGACUUGGAGGGUGAUGUUUACCUCUUUGGACAAAAAGGCUGGCCAAAACGCUCAUGUCCAACUGGGAUAUUUGGUAUACGUAUUAAAAAAGGAGAACUUAAACUGCGUGCCAUUUCAUUUUCCAACAACUCCAGUUAUCUUCCUCCCCUCCGAUGUCCUGCUAUAGCUCACUUCGAGUCUCAAGACAGCAAACCUGAAUGUUACCUCAUUCAUGGCGGCCGAACACCCAACAACGAGCUGUCCUCCAGUCUCUACAUGUUGAGCGUAGACAGCAGAGGCUGCAAUCGUAAAGUCACAUUGCGCUGUGAAGAAAAAGAGCUAGUUGGAGAUGUCCCUAGCGCUCGAUAUGGCCAUACCCUCAGCGUGAUAAAUAGCCGAGGGAAAACCGCCUGCGUUCUGUUUGGUGGCAGGUCUUAUAUGCCCCCCACCGAAAGGACGACGCAGAACUGGAACAGUGUAGUAGACUGUCCGCCUCAAGUCUAUCUUAUUGACCUAGAGUUUGGCUGCUGUACGGCUCACACCCUCCCCGAGCUAACAGAUGGCCAGUCAUUUCAUGUAGCCCUAGCUAGACAGGAUUGUGUCUACUUCCUAGGUGGUCACAUCCUCAGCUCCGAUUGCCGACCAUCUCGUUUGAUCCGUCUCCAUGUGGAGCUUCUUCUUGGAAGCCCGGUCCUUACCUGCACUAUUCUUCACGAAGGUCUCACCAUUACCAGUGCCAUAGCCUCUCCCAUUGGCUAUCACGAGUACAUAAUUUUCGGCGGAUACCAAUCUGAGACUCAAAAGCGCAUGGAGUGCACCUACGUUGGCCUGGAUGACGUAGGAGUCCAUAUAGAGCCCCGCGAACCUCCACAGUGGACCAGCGAGAUCAGCCACAGCCGUACUUGGUUUGGUGGCAGCUUGGGAAAAGCAACUGCUUUAGUUGCAAUUCCUUCAGAAGGAAACCCAACCCCGCCAGAAGCCUACCAUUUCUACCAAGUGAGCUUCCAGAAGGAACAAGAUGGAGAAGCUACGGCACAGGGAUGCAGCCAGGAGUCGACUGAUUUCGAGGACUCUGCACCUUUGGAAGACUCUGAGGAGUUGUACUUUGGCCGAGAGCCUCACGAGCUGGAGUAUAGCAGCGAUGUAGAGGGUGAUACCUAUAAUGAGGAGGAUGAGGAGGAUGAAUCUCAGACAGGCUACUGGAUCAAGUGCUGCCUAUCCUGCCAGGUGGACCCCAAUAUCUGGGAGCCCUACUAUUCUACUGAGCUCACCCGACCUGCCAUGAUCUUCUGCUCCAGGGGGGAAGGUGGACAUUGGGUCCAUGCCCAAUGCAUGGAGCUCCCUGAAGGCCUUCUGCUCCAACUCUCCCAAGAUAACAGCAAGUACUUCUGCUUGGAUCAUGGUGGCCUGCCCAAACAGGAGAUGACUCCUCCGAAGCAGAUGUUACCAGUGAAGAGAGUCCCAAUGAAGAUGACCCAUCGCAAGGCUCCGGUCUCACUGAAGAUGACCCCAGCUAAGAAGACCUUUCUGCGAAGACUUUUUGACUGAUUUGUUUUUCUGUUCUGUUCACAGGGUUCUACUUGAAAAUACUUGAAGGUGUUAGAAUUUCAGACAUAUGGAUUCAAGGCCUGAAAAGUACAGCCGAUUCGAAUGUUAUCACUCGACUUCAUGGGCAUUAUCAGUGGUUAUCAGCUGAUAGA